GGAGACAGAGUCAGAGCAGUGCCCGGUUGCUCAUCACUCUCACUCUUUCUCGGUGUGGCACUGGCAAGGUUGGCACUAAGAACCCUUGUCAAGCGGAAGAGACCAUUUUAGGGCAAGGGGGUCUUAGACUUUAGUUACCGGAACACCGAAGAAAAGCACGUGGGAAAGCACAGAGCCAGUUACACUUUAAGGCUCUCCCAGCGCAGUCACCUGGGUAACUAUAGAGAGAGAGAGAGUCGCACCCAGCGCAGUCUCCCUGUAGGCGAAGCCAGUGCCAUGGCAGCGGGCAGCGUGAAGCGGAGGCAGUCAGGAGCGAGCAAGAUGGAGGAAGAGGACCGGCAGGCUGCUGAAAAGAUGCUCCAUCAGAACGGGAGCGCGGAGCCUACCGGCAGUAAUGGCGGAACGGUAGAGCUGCAACGCACCAUCACUCUGGUCAAUGGGGUGGCUAUUAUAGUGGGCACCAUCAUCGGCUCCGGGAUCUUUGUCACCCCGACCGGUGUGCUACGAGAGGCGGGCUCCCCCGGGCUGUCGCUUUUGAUAUGGGCCGUGUGCGGCCUCUUCUCCAUUGUGGGCGCUCUGUGUUACGCAGAAUUGGGUACCACCAUCUCCAAGUCCGGGGGGGACUAUGCGUAUGUGCUGGAGGUCUACGGUGCGCUGCCCGCCUUCCUAAAGCUCUGGGUGGAGCUGCUCAUCAUCCGGCCCUCAUCGCAAUACAUCGUGGCUCUGGUAUUCGCUACUUACCUGCUCAAGCCCGUCUUCCCUACCUGCCCCGUGCCCGAUGAUGCGGCCAAGCUCGUGGCCUGCCUUUGUAUCUUGCUACUGACUGCGAUAAACUGUUACAGUGUGAAAGCAGCUACCAGGGUACAAGAUGCAUUUGCCGCAGCUAAGCUACUGGCUCUUUGUCUGAUCAUCAUUCUUGGCUUUGUUCAACUUGGGAAAGGGGAUGUGGAGAACCUGAAGCCAGAAAAUGCCUUUAAAGGAACUAGCACCAAUGUUGGUCAGUGGGUCUUGGCAUUGUACAGUGGGCUUUUUGCCUAUGGUGGAUGGAACUACUUGAACUUUGUUGUUGAAGAGAUGAUUGAACCUUUCAAGAAUCUCCCUCGUGCCAUCAUCAUUUCCAUGCCCAUUGUAACCCUGGUCUAUGUUCUUACUAACUUGGCAUAUUUCACUACUCUGUCUCCAGAACAGAUGUUGAAUUCCGAAGCUGUGGCUGUUGAUUUUGGGAAUUACCAUCUGGGGGUCAUGGCUUGGAUUAUACCAGUAUUUGUGGGAUUGUCAUGUUUUGGUUCAGUAAACGGCUCCCUCUUUACAUCCUCCAGACUUUUCUUUGUGGGCGCCAGAGAAGGGCAUCUUCCAUCCUUAUUAGCCAUGAUCCACCCAAGACUUCUGACACCAAUGCCUUCACUAAUAUUCACUUGCGCCAUGACGCUCCUCUAUGCUUUCUCUGAUGACAUCUUCUCUGUAAUCAACUUCUUCAGCUUCUUUAACUGGCUUUGUGUAGCCCUGGCUAUAAUUGGAAUGAUGUGGCUCCGUUACAAGAAACCAGAACUAGAGAGGCCUAUCAAGGUUAACAUUUUGCUGCCUAUUUUUUUCAUCCUUGCCUGCAUCUUCCUCAUCGUCGUGUCAUUCUACAUGACACCAGUUGAGUGUGGAAUUGGAUUUAUCAUUGUUUUGUCCGGUGUUCCUGUCUACUUCUUUGGGGUCUGGUGGCAGAAGAAACCCGACUGGCUCCUGCAUGGCAUCCAUUCUAGUACGGCGCUCCUUCAGAAGGUCAUGGAGGCUGUCCCUCAGGAGUCUUAAUUCCAAUAACAUUUUGGCUCUCAUUAAACACACAGAAAAAACUGUAUUUUGCAAAAGAUUUAAUAAAGGUAGAUAUACUCCUUCCAACCACCAUAAUCAUCCUGACCCCAACGCCUAUGGAAACAGAUUCCUAAUACCACCAGCCACAGACACCACAACAGGAGGAUCUUGGUAUUAAGGCAAGAUUUAUUUCCUGGUAAAAGGGAAAUAAUGGGUUAUGGGUGGACUCUAUGAGGUAUAUUGCACAUCUACAAGCAUUCUUCUGUAACGUCAAAGGAACUGUUGUUCACCAACACCACUGUAUUAGCCGCAAGAACGUCAUUGAUCUGCAUUUGCUUGCACUCUUAUCCUAAUGAGACUCCAUAUUAGAACUAGUUACAUAAGUAUACUGGAACAGAGGGCAUAGCAGACAGAUCAGAGUUUCCCAAGUUUUAAAUUCUUCAUCUCAACGCCUAACAAAAAAUAAACAUUUUGAGACACUCUAUAGAGGUUAAAUUAACUGUUAUCAGAAGAAUUCCUUUGUAUGAAGUCAAUGUAAGACCAAUGGUAUACUGACCAAAGCAUCUACUUACCAUGGUGCGCAGGAUCCACUGAAGACAACAACCACAAACUAUUGCCACAUUAUGAAUAUUGGAAUGGCUGCUUUUUGGUAUUUGUAGAACUGUACACUGAACAAUCUUUCAAUUACUGUCAUUCGAAGAAUGGUAGAAAUGUAUACGAUUUAUUAACCAUACUUUAAUAUGCUACAUGUUGCCUUAACUUGUCCCAAACAUCCAACCCAGCUGCUAUGGACAUUUUCAUUUUAUGGCUAGUAAAGAGAAGCAAAAUACA